AUGUCGACGCCCAUAACCGCCACAGCAACGCUGCCUCGCGCCUAUUCGGACCGGUACCAUUCGCAGUUUGCAUACCAGCAUCAUCAUCAGCCUUAUCCCGUCCAGGCCAACGCCUCCUCGUUUUAUUCCCAGAAUACUCCCAAUCUCCCCAGCAUUCUGUCGCCCACAGGAACACGACAACCAUUUCCAGACCCUCCUUCGGCCCAGUACUCGCUCGUCGACCACCAAUCACCAGUCAACGCGCCGCCACCUCUGAUCGCCUCCUCGGUCGUCCUCAAGCCCAUCACCCGAACGUUACCACCCCCUCACCCGUGCCCGCCUCAACAACUACCUCCCCAGCGGUUGACCCUUCAACCCGGGACCGAUCAUACAGCCAUGGCGACAGCCCCCAACCCUGACGGGUCCGAGCCCGCCUCACAGCAAACUCGUAAGAGGAGACGCGGAGAGACCAACUGGGCCGAGUUCUAUCAAAACGGCUUGCCUAAGGAAGUCAUCGUGAUUGACGACACUCCCGAGCCCGAGGGUACGGCCACCAGGAGUGUAGCCUCUCAAACACUGUCCAAUGCCCACAUCGUCACCAACCCGUCAGCGCCAACUCAGCCAACAGCCAAGAGGCGCAGGCCGAAUGGCCACUACGACCCUGUCCACCACGACAACUAUGUUCCUGCCCAGAACCAAACACAGCGGUCGCUGCCGUCUGCUUCCAAUUCCCUCAACUCACCCGCGUCUACUAGCAACAGCGCAAACUCGGCCCAGCACACCACGACGGCGACUUCGCUCGGCUCCCUCUCGUCGCAUAGUUACAACGAUGACUACGCCCAACCAGGCACAAAGCGGAGGAAACUCACCCGACAACAGGCCAAUGAGGCCAAGCGUCGAGAAACCGCUCAUGCCGAUACCUUUGCAGUGUACAAACCACCUCCUUAUCCUCCUAAGAAGGCUGGCGAGGUACAUGUCAAGGUCAUCCAGGACACUUCGCCGAAUCAAAACGCCAGAGUUGAUGAUGAUGAUGGUCACAUGAUUGUGAUUCCCGGAAAUGAUCUUACGGAGAGAUACGAGAUACUCAAAUUGCUUGGCCAAGGCACUUUUGGUAAAGUCGUGCAGGCCAAAGACAAGAAGCGCAACAAGCUUGUCGCGAUCAAGAUCAUUCGGUCUGUGCAGAAGUACAGGGACGCCAGUAAGAUAGAACUUCGUGUACUGGCAACUUUGAAGGCGAACGACGAGGAGAACAGGAACCGUUGCAUCCAUCUCCGGGAUUGCUUCGAUUUCCGUGGCCACAUCUGCAUCGUCAUGGAUUUGCUUGGGCAGAGCGUGUUUGACUUCCUGAAGGACAACAAUUUCGUGCCCUUUCCCAACAGUCAGAUCCUGGCCUUUGCUCGUCAGCUGUUCACUAGCGUGGCUUUCUUGCACGACCUCAACCUGAUUCAUACCGAUCUCAAACCCGAGAACAUCUUGCUCUGCAAUCAAGAGUAUCAGACGUUUACAUACUCUCGCACCAUUCCAUCAUCUUCCACGCUCACCAAUCGCAGAGCCGUGCAUAGAAAGGUUCUUCUAGACACAGAGAUCAGGCUCAUCGAUUUUGGGUCCGCCACCUUUCAAGACGAGUAUCAUUCAUCUGUCGAUGACCAGGAAUGGUGGCAACCCGGCCGCGAAAAAUAG